AUGCCCGAUAAAACGCUCAAGGUUGUGACGUACGCUGCUGGCGCCUCACUCGCUGCUAUUACCCUCAUCUAUGUAUUUGCGCCCACUUACUUCCUCGAUAACCAUGAUCCGAACUCGGUCAGCGGGGCGUUCUCAGGCCGCAAGAAGGGGGCCGUAGGGCUUUCGAACACCGCCAAUGAUUGUUUCAUCAAUUCAGUCCUCCAAGCCCUCGCCGGUCUCGGCGACCUCCGACUUUACUUAAUACGAGAGGUGCAUCGCCGGAACCUCGACGAGCAAUCGAUAUACACCCAGAUUGUUCCCGCCGAUGUUCGAGCCCAGGUCGAGUCUGACCACGCGCUUCCUCCCCUGUUGAAGGACACACCGGAGUGGAAGUUGCAGGGGUUACAAACGGGCAGUGUCACAAAGGGGCUCAAGGGCAUACUGGAUGCAUUGAAUGAGCGCCCAAUAAACAGAAAAACCAUAUCUGCUGCACCUUUUCUACGAGUCCUUGAACAAUCGUUCCGUCAGCGCAUUAGCCGGCAGCAGCAGGAUGCACAGGAAUUCCUACAAGUAGUGGCCGAGAGGCUUUGCGACGAGUAUCAUGCUGGGCAUAGGGCUCGUUUGCUCGCCACGUGCAGAGAGCGAGGCCUGGGCGAUGAUGCCCCAUUCAACCCCCCGAAGACUCCGAACAACACCGUGGCUGCUGAAUCGCCACGACCAUCCAGCAACGACCACGGCCAGAUAGCCGGCGUAGUGCUCGGUGGUGCCGGGCAUGGUGGCGCCAGCGCGGAGAAGCCGAAUACGGAGGAGCAAGAGGAAGGGUUUCCGUUAGAGGGCAAGUUUGAAUCCCAGAUCGAGUGUUUGACUUGUGGGUUCAAGCCACGGCCCACGGUAUCCCCCUUCUGCACCUUGACACUCAACGUACCCCAGGUGGCAUCCUCGACGCUUGGAGCGUGUUUUGAUAGCAUGUUUAAGACCGAGUAUAUCGAUGACUUCAAGUGCGAAAAAUGCCGUCUGUUACACGCCCUAGCCAUCUUCGAGAGACAGACGCGGUCAGCGUCCGCCACAGAUCGGUCGAGAGCGGAAGAGGCCGUGACGAAGCUCCAACUUGCUAUCGCCGUGGAUCCGGAGAAACCACCGGAAGGCAUCGAGCUCCCCGAUCCGCACUCCGUUCCGAGGUGUAGGAUCGCACGGCACACCCGCAUGACCGAAUUCCCCAAGAUCCUGGCGGUUCACCUUUCAAGGUCGAUCUUUGAUGCGAGUCACUCGUCGUUGAAGAAUUCGGCCAGGGUUGUUUUUCCCGAGAAGCUUCCGCUAGGUGGCCUGCUUCAGCAGCGCAAGUACACGCUUCUUGGUGUUGUCACACAUAAAGGAAGCCACAACAGCGGCCAUUACGAAUCAUUCCGGAGGCAAAAUAUGUACCCGCCCUUUUCCAACCCAAGCACGUUCCAAGAGUCGCCUGCUUAUAGCAGACGGCCUAGUCCCGCUCCCACCCCGGGACGCCGAAGCCAGAGCCCGCUUCUAAGUGACCCCAGUUCCUCACCAGCACAGGGACCGACUGAUCAAGUCACCAACCUUUCGCCCUUGUCCCCGGCGCUCUCUCGUCGCCUCCUUGGCACCACAACAAUAAGCGCUGACAGCUCGCCGUCGAUGGGGGCAUCGCCGCGUUCUAGCAGCUCCGGCCCGGCUCCCUCCGCCUCGCUCGACGCCAUCCAAAUAUCACCGGCCAGCGGUGGGAAGAACCAACACCCCUUGACGCCCCCUACCCAACCCACCAUUUCCACGUCUGGGGUCAAGGCUAAAGCCAAGGCCAGGCAGCAGAAGCAGCAGAGGUCCCGGUGGUGGCGUAUCAGCGACGACAAGAUCAAGGAAGCUACCACGCGUGACGUAUUGGGCAUGCAACGCGAGGUGUACUUGUUGUUUUAUGAGAUAAUACGGUCGUAG